GAGAGAGAGAGAGAGAGAGAGAGAGAGAGAGACAGUACGUAGUAGUGGUGUCGCUUCAUUGGCAGCGGCAAGUAUGAGAUAAGUUUCCUGGGUGAGCUGGGCCGGUGUCGCAUAUUCUUGGAGAAGCGACGCAACCCGGCGGAGGAGGAGAAGAAGUCACGGGGACCUCGUUACCGGAAUAACCGGUGGAUACGGAGCAGAGAGAGAGAGAGAGAGAGAGAGAGAGAGAGAGAGACAUAGAGAGAGUACCAGUGCUUCCGCGGCGGUCCCGCUGCAGGCGAAACAUGAACAAAAACCACCGAGUACCGAGCAACCGAUCCCUGAGUGCCGUGGAGGUGAAGAGCAAGUUUGGUGCUGAGUUUCGUCGGUUCUCACUGGAUCGGUCGAAGCCGGGCCGCUUCGAUGAGUUCUACGGCCUCCUGCAGCACGUGCAUCGCAUCCCCAACGUGGACUUGCUGGUUGGCUACGCCGACGUCCACGGCGACCUGCUGCCCAUCAACAAUGACGAUAACUACCACAAAGCCAUCUCCACUGCCAGCCCUCUGCUCAGACUGUUCCUGCAGAGGAUAGAGGAAGCCGACUACACGUUUGGUACCAACUCGCUGACCAGGAAGAAGAACACGGUGCUCUCGGCCGUUCUCCUGCGGCCCGACGCCAACAGGAAGAAACCACCGGUGAUCAUCAGCCUCCCGAGGGACUUCCGCCCCGUCUCCUCCAUCAUCGAUGUGGACAUCCUCCCUGAGACGCACCGACGCGUGCGCCUGUACAAGCACGGCCAGGAGAAGCCGCUGGGUUUCUACAUCCGGGACGGCUCCAGUGUGCGGGUCACCCCUCAGGGCCUGGAGAAGGUCCCGGGGAUAUUCAUCUCCCGCAUGGUGCCCGGCGGGCUGGCGGAGAGCACAGGCCUGCUGGCAGUCAACGACGAGGUGCUUGAGGUGAACGGCAUCGAGGUGGCUGGGAAGUCUUUGGACCAGGUGACGGACAUGAUGAUCGCCAACAGUCACAACCUCAUCAUCACCGUCAAGCCCGCCAACCAGCGGAACAAUGUCGUUCGCAGUGGAGGAGGAGGAGGAGGCGGCGGCACUGCGUCCGGUAGCUCGGGACGCUCCUCGGACAGCGGCGCCAGCUACUACGGCUACUCAUCACACGGUGGGGUCGGUGCCGCGGCGUCAGCGCCGUCGCACAUCAUCCAGAACUUCCCCGUCGGGGAGCUGGAGAGCGACGAGGACGACGAGGACCUGGUGAUCGAGGUGGGAGGCGAGGCCGUGCCCCUCAGGCGCGACCCGUCCAACUACAGCAUGCCCUCGCUGCCCCGCUACGAGCCGCACCUCAACCUCCGCACCGCCUCCGCCUCCACCCUCUCCAUCAACACCAACGGAACCCUGCAGGCCAGCGGCAGCAGCGGAUCACUAAGCAACACCAACCCCUCUUCGACCACGCCGUCACCAGACAGAGCAACUGAGAGGCGGAGUCUGGAGGAGGACGGCACUGUCAUUACUCUCUAGGACGGGCGCUCGCACACUACGAAACACUGGAAACCAGAGAGACAAACUUCUACUCACACCUGGGGUAGUCAUGGUGAUCCGCUAAUCAAACACGGGAACACCCUGCACCAUCAUACAACGACUGCACCUGAGAAGCACAAUGUGUACUCAUUAAAUCACACGACACUGACACACAACAUGUUUGUACAUCCUAACAUUUACGCGUCAAACACUUUUAUCCUCUACAUGCCAAUAACCACGCAUGCGUGCCAUAGUGGUGACCCCCACCCACCCAUCCACCCAGUUCUGCAGGCACAAAAAGUGUAGAAGAAGUGUAAUCUGAUGCCCCUCAUCCUCCACUUCCUUUCUAAACCACUACAAGCACUUGUUUUGCACCUGGAAACCGUUGUUCCGCUGAGCUUCCCCUAGAGGGCAGAGAUGAGACACCACAUCCUCAUCAUCAGUCCCAUGAAUAGAUGGUCAACAGGUUCAUUCCACCCCCAUCAUAACAAACACACACGGAAGUAGGAUGUUAGCUCAAGCAUUUGUUGACAAUCUGUAGCUGUUUUUUUUUUUUUUUUUCUUCCUUUAUUUUUGCCUUGUCACCCCACUUUGACCUCCCCCCUUCCCCCUGGUGACCACAGCAUGUGACCGGUAAACAGUUGCGGUUUUUUCCCCCGCGCAAUCGUCCGAGUGCUGAGAUCUGCAAUAAUAAUGUAGUUUUUAUACGAGGAAAAAACACCUAGAAAAAAACAACAAGAAGAAAAGAAGUCUGUGGUCUUUGUGUUGACUCGGAUGCUUUUAACCGCUCUUAUUAGCUGUUUUAUUUCCCCUCUUUUACCUGCCGUGAUAAUGAAUGACUGAUAAUGAAAGCUUGACGACUUUUUAUAAUUCUUUGGGGUUAACUUGUCUUUUGAAAAUCUCUUUACCAUCAGGCCUGUGUUUUAUAUUAUUUGAGCAUUUUGUUUCUGUUUCUUCCUCUUUUCUUUUACACAAUACUUGUACCUCACAAGUGACUGUAUGACCAGUUUCCAUCCGACCAACGGGAGGUUGCGAGUCACUCGCGUCUCACUGGGAAUGGGACGACUCGGAAUGAAUCUCCCUCUCAUGUUUCCUUCAUAUUGCACUCCCUCUACUUUGCCACGACAAGGGCUAUUUCCCCUGCUGCAUGUAUACAAAAUGACAAAAUGUGAACGUGAUUUUAAUAUUUCAGUUCUCUCCCUCUCCAUUCUCUCCGGACCAUGACUCAAUAUAUCUCAUCUCAGCACUGUACAAUACACUCAUCUCUCUCGCCAGGCCCAGAGUCCACUUGGAUGUGACACGAGACAUUUGCAUAUGAAAAGUGUUCUCUGCACCACUUCCUUCUUGUAUCUUCAUUCUCACUGAAUUCAAUCAAUGACGCACUAGAAGAGAAUGUAACGCAACCACUGUAUUCAUCAAUGCUACUAAAUAUUGACUUUGGGCCUAAACGGCGGAUCAAUAGCUGGACUGUAACGCUAUUCGCAAACACAACCACACAAAUUAGUUAGUGAUGCAUUCAGUGACAAGAGAGAAACCGCCUGUAUCUCAAAGUAUGCCCUGUUCAGAUUGAGUCAUGUUUAAACAAUAAAACACAUGCAGGUGCACUGGUCACACAAACACAGUAUGGGAAUUUUGUUCCCAUACUGUGUUUGAAAAAGGCGAGGCAGGGCACUCUUAUGUGCAGUAUGUCUUGGCUCGGAUCUGUAUUUGGUAUUCCCAUCCAAAGCUUUCCUGUCUACACCAGAUGCUAUUUAGACAAGCUUUCAGUCAUCUGUCACCUAACUGCAAGUAAGGUUAUAUAUAUUUAUAUUUAUAUAUAUAUAUAUAUAUAUAUAUAUAUUUAUAUAUAUAACCUUACUUGCUCUCUUGUUAAAAGUGAUACCAUUGACUUAAGCAUGGCUUUUAUCUCACUGGCUGAAACAUGGUGGACGCACACACACUGAGUAAUGUUUAUUGGCUCUAUCUGAACCCAUGUGCACUUGUAAUGAGACACAGUACAUUCACACAGAUCCCCAUCACGCUAACGUCCAUCCUUUUGUAGUUCUGUUUAUUGCUUGAAUAUCCUCUGAUCUUAUCAAACAGUGAAUAUUGAUGACUGGAAACCAACGUAAUGUGCUCCCGCUAUUGUAUUUCAAGCUAUUUGUAUAAGGUACUGUGUUUUAUGGUACACAAGAGUGCUGAUGGGAUUCUGUCUUCUUUCAUUCCCAACAUGAAACAGUUAUGAAUGGUACUCUGAAUGGAAGACUUUUAGAAAUCAAUGUUAAUUUAUUUUCUUAAUUUCUAUCUUUACCACACGGACACUGGGAUUGUAACCACGGCAACAUUGUUAUUUAUUCUCUAAUCAUGCGUCUGCAUUUUUUUUUUCUUCCUUUGUACACAUUUAAUGACUUUAUUUUUAUAACUGAUAUGUUUUUUCUGUGAUUGUUGUUUUGGUCGUAAAUCUCUCAGUAGAUGUUAUAGCCCAAUAGGAGAUGAUUUCAGUAGGUGAUUCUACUGUUCUGGCUAAAGCAACAGGAGAGUCUGCCCACGUGAAACUACUAUUUUUUUAGUUUUUCCCCAUACUGUGAAUUAUCUAUAUUAUUAUGUGGGAGAGAAACCGUUGUAUUAGCACAACCUCAAAACAGGCUACUUGUUUUGCUUCGAGUACGAUUUUGUUUUUUUAAAGUGACCAAGCAAUGAUUUUUGCUUGCCAGAUAAAUCCAAUGGUAUAGAUUUGUAAAGAAGAUUGUCAGUAUUUUCAUAUCAAUGAUAUAUAUGAUGUACAUUUUUAUCACACUUAAUGAAAAUGUUUUAAAAUUCAACUGGAGAUGUAUGAAUAAAUAGAUGUACACCUGUUAUUGCUGAUUGACAGAGCUGGAUAAAAUAAACUAAUGUGUAGC